ACUUUGGGCUUUCAACUCAUUUUCGAGGCAACUUCACAAACUCCCCCAUUGAAUUGAAUAGCCUGUUUUCCCAUUCAUUCAUCUCAGUUUGCAGAGUUACCUGCUAUGGAAGCUUACAGCAAUGAAGAGUUUGCUGUUGGAUGCAUUUUAUCAAUCAAAACAACUUUAGGUGAUGAGUUUGAUGCUCAAGUUAUCGCCUUUGACAAGCCCUCCAACAUCCUCCUUCUUCAAGAAGGGGUUACUGCAUCAGGGCCAAAGAGAGAUAUAAGGCUAUUGAAAGCUAAUUACAUAAAAGAAUUCAGUUUUCUUGGCCAAGGCCAAGACCCAAUUGAUACCACUAAAUGUUUUCUUGAUCUUAGUAGCCUUCAAGCUAAAGAAGAUUCUGCUUUAAGACAAGCAGAGAUAGAUGCUGAGAGAUUUGGGAUUGGGGUUACUGCUGAAGCUCAGAAUAUAUUUGAUGCUUUGUCUAAAACGUUGCCUGUGCGCUGGGACAAGACGGUGAUAGUUGUGAUGAACGAGGUGCGUGUUAGCAGUCCAUACCUUCCCGAAUCUGUUAUUGGAGGCACUCCUGCUGCUAAUGAAAGAGUGCGGAAAGUGCUUGAAUUGGAGAGGAAGAGGCUGCAAUCCCGUAAUACUGGACAGUGAGGACCUUUGCGUUGGUCUGAGGUAUUCUUUGCUGAGGAAACUAAUACCAAAGGCUUUACCAAAAAUGGCCAUACGAGUAACAUCCUACUUGAGCGAAGAUGUAUUGUGUCUCUACACCUGUAAGGGAUUUGAACUUGGUAAUUUUACUCUCCCCCAUCCCAAAGAAAACACCGAUUUUUUUUUUUUUUCAUUUGCUUGUCUCCAUGAGGUAAAUUUUAAUGUGCCAUAAUAUGUUUACGAGGAAUCAAAGGUUGAUAACUUGAAGGAAUGGUGUCUUCAAGUAGAAGCCCAGAUUUGGGGGUGAGGAUGAGUUGAAGUUUUCCUAUCUAAUCAAAAUAUUGAAAAUUUGAAAUC